CGAAAUGCUCAUUUCUCCUCACGGCGGAAGUAGACGGGGUGUCAGCUGAUACGUGACGUCACGGAGGUUCACCCGGAUGAAAGAUGGCUAACACCUAUGACACUUUUCUUCUGCACACCACACCUGAUACCUUUUACCUGGAGGCAAGUGACCAUGGCUCUGGGGACGUGUUGGCCAUCGAUAGGGUGUCAACCGAGAUGACUCUCACCGUAAAGAAGGACAUUCCUGCAUCAGCCGAGACCAGGCCCAUAUGUGGAGUCAUGGGGACCGUGCGUCUGGUGGCAGGUAUGUACCUGAUUGUCAUCACCAAGAAGACCAAGGUGGGCGAUCUCUUUGGCCACGCCGUAUGGAAGGCUUUGGAUUUUGACAUCAUCUCCUACAAGAAGACAAUAAUACAUCUAACAGACAACCAGAUGCAAGACAGCAAGAUCUACUUGUCCAUGAUCAACAAUGUCCUCCGUACAGCCAGCUUCUACUUUGCAACAGACUAUGAUCUUACCCACACUCUGCAGCGACUGGCCAACACCAGUCCUGAAUUUCAGGAGAUGAGCCUCCUGGAGAGGGCAGAUCAGCGUUUUGUUUGGAAUGGCCAUCUGCUGAGGGAGUUCCUUGCACAGCCAGAGUUGCACAAGUUUGUAUUUCCUGUCAUCCAUGGAUUCAUCACCAUGAAGUCCAGUUGUAUCAACGGCAAAGUCUUUGACUGGACUAUUAUCUCCAGGAGAAGCUGCUUCAGAGCUGGUGUGCGAUACUACGUUCGAGGGAUCGACUCCGAGGGCCAUGCUGCCAACUAUGUGGAGACGGAGCAGAUCGUGCAGUGCAACACUGCCAAGGCUUCCUUUGUUCAGACCAGAGGCUCGAUCCCUUUCUACUGGUCCCAAAGGCCUAACCUCAAGUACAAGCCAAGACCACAGAUCAGCAAAACCGUCAACCAUCUGGAUGGAUUCCAGAGACACUUUGACUCCCAGAUUCUUCUUUACGGCAAACAAGUCAUCUUGAACCUGAUCAACCAGAAGGGCUCAGAAAAGCCACUGGAGCAGGCCUUUGAAAAGAUGGUGGCCAGCCUUGGAAACGGCACCAUCAAAUACGUGGCGUUUGACUUCCACAGGGAGUGCAGUCGGAUGAGGUGGCAUCGCCUCCAGCUCUUGUUGGACAUGGUUGCUGAACUCCAAGAGGAAUUUGGGUAUUUCAUGGUGGAUUCAGACGGGAAGGUGCUGUUGAACCAGGAGGGGGCAUUCCGGAGCAACUGCAUGGACUGUCUGGACCGUACCAAUGUCAUCCAGAGUUUGCUGGCCAGACGCUCGCUUCAGUCACAGCUGCGGAGAAUGGGCAUCCUCCACGCCAACCAGCACUUGGAGGACCAAGCCGAUUUUGAGAAGAUGUACAAGAAUGCUUGGGCAGACAACGCAGAUGCUUGCGCCAAACAAUAUGCGGGCACCGGAGCAUUGAAGACCGACUUCACCAGGACUGGCAAGAGAACUCAGUGGGGGCUGCUGAUGGACGGCUGGAACUCCAUGAUCCGUUAUUACAAGAACAACUUCUCUGAUGGCUUUCGACAGGACUCCAUCGACCUGUUCCUGGGCAACUUUGCUGUGGAUGAAGGCGAUACCACGACACCACUGCGAGAGCCCAAGGACUGGAAGUUUCUGACGCUGCCGAUCAUCAUGGUGGUGGCAUUCUCCAUGUGCAUCAUCUGCCUGCUCAUGGCCGGCGACACCUGGACCGAGACUCUGGCUUACGUUUUGUUCUGGGGAUCAGCCAGCGUGGUGACCGGCGGCCUGAUCCUCUUCAACGGACGGGACUUUGUGGACGCACCCAAGCUGGUCCAGAAAGAGAAGCUGGACUGAAUGUGUGUGUGUGGAAAGCAGCUUACCACCUCAUCAUCGUCUUACCCCCAGCAUCAUCAUCAUCAUCAGGCCUGGAGCCUGUACUAGCACCAGAGGAGCCUGUACUAGCAUCAGAGGAGCCUGUACUAGCACCAGAGGAGCCUGUACUAGCACCAGAGGCUGGAGUGGAAGAAGGUGAGGUCAGCGGCUGCUAUCCACACUGUUCUUAUGUAUCAUCAAGUUAUGGGGGUUUAUGUACAUAUUCAUAUAUAUACUUGUGUGUGUAUUUAUAUACUUGUAUGUAUAUACAUGUGUGUGUAUAUAUAUAAAUAUGCACGUAUAAAUACACGUGUAUAUAUGUAUACAUAUAUAUAUAUAUAUAUAUAUAUACACAUACAUAUAUAUAUAUAUAUAUAUAUAUAUAUAUAUAUAUAUAUAUAUAUAUAUAUAUAUAUACACAUACAUGUAUUUAUGUGUAUUGGGGUUAGGUUGGGAAAAUGACUAAAAUCUUUGAACUCCUUGUUGUAAUGACUAUUGAAAUUGCUUGAUUGCAAAGUAGUACAAGACUACACACUUUGAAGGGUUUAAUCAAUAGGCUGUGUUCAAUGAGUACUCAUUCCAUCACUUCAAGUGUAAUUACCAGAUGCUGAAUGUAAAUUUCGGAACACGUCUUGUAUAUAUUCAUCUACAUGUAGAAAUACACACCCCAUGUAUGUA